AUGGCUUCGAGUAGUUAUCGGUCCAACCAAAACAGGAAAAACAAGGGCUCUGCAAAACGCAGUAAUGAAUUUCCCGAUUCACCAGGUUGCGGGGAAAGUUUUCGUGAUUGCCUUUAUCACUGGUGUUGUUGUGGCUGGUGUAAUACAAAAUAUACAGAAACCACCAAACCAACACGUGUUUCUGGUGGAGUAUCUGUGCAGGCAUCUGGUCAACAAUCUGCAAAUGAUAGUGCGGCUGUUGCAAAAAAUGAAAGCAACUCUGGACAGGGCUUGAUUCAACAACCUGCUAUUGAAAAAAAUAGGAGUGAUUCUGGACAAAUUGCAGUUGGCGACGAGGCUACUGCAAAAGAUAAGAGCAGCUCUGGACAGGCCUUUGUUCAACAAGCAAAUGAAACCGCUGCUCCUGCAACAGAUAAAAGCAGCUCUGGGCAGGUCUUUGUUCAACAAUCUGCAAUUAACAAUGCAGCCACUGCAAAAGAUAAGAGCAAAUCUGGACAGGCCUCUGUUCAACAAUCUGCAAGUGAGAUUGCGACUACCGCUGCUAAAAAUAUGAGCAGUUCUGAGCAGGCAUGGGGUCAACAAUCUGCAAAUGACAACGCGGCUCCUGCAAAAGAUAAGAGCAGCUCUGGACAGGUCUUUGUUCAACAAUCUGCAAUUGACGAUGCAGCCACUGCGAAAGAUAAAAGCAAAUCUGGACAGGCCUCUGUUCAACAAUCUGCAAGUGAGAUUGCGACUACCGCUGCUAAAAAUAUGAGCAGUUCUGAGCAGGCAUGGGGUCAACACUCUGCAAAUGACAACGUGGCUCCUGCAAAAGAUAAGAGCAGCUCUGGACAGGUCUUUGUUCAACAAUCUGCAAUUGACAAUGCAGCCACUGCAAAAGAUAAAAGCAAAUCUGGACAGGCCUCUGUUCAACAAUCUGCAAGUGAGAUUGCGACUACCGCUGCUAAAAAUAAGAGCAGUUCUGAGCAGGCAUGGGGUCAACAAUCUGCAAAUGAUAACGCGGCUCCUGCAAAAGAUAAGAGCAGCUCUGGACAGGUCUUUGUUCAACAAUCUGCAAAUGGCAACACGGCUCCUGCAAAAGAUAAAAGCAGCUCUGGGCAGGUCUUUGUUCAACAAUCUGCAGUUGAAAAUGCAGCCAUUGCAAAAGAUAAGAGCAAAUCCGGACAGGCCUAUGUUCAACAAUCUGCAAAUGAGAAUGCGACUACUGCUGCUAAAAAGAAGAGCAGUUCUGAACAUGCAUGGGGUCAACAAUCUGCAAAUGAUAACCGAGCUCCUGCAAAGGAUAAGAGCAGCUCUGGACAGGUCUGUGUUCAAAAAUCUGCAAAUGACAAUGUGACUACUACAAAAAGUAAAAACAUUUCCGUACAGGCAUCUGGUCAACAAUCUGCAAAUGACAACAAAACUAAUGCAAAAGAAAAUAGCAGCUCCAGACAGGCCUCUGUUCAACAAUCUGCAAAUGAGAACGCGAAUACUGCUAGAAAUAAGAGCAGUUCUGAACAGGCAUCUAGUCAAAUGAACCAAAAGCAGGAGCACAACCAUGGAAGAUGA